AUGGUGAUUCGAAACCAUUGUUAUCCCUUUUCUAUUAUUAUUACCAUCUUUGUCUCCAUUGUAAUCCAAAGUACUCUUGCUUCUCCGAGGCUCCACUUUUGCCGCCACGACCAGAGGGAUGCUCUUUUGGAAUUCAUGCAUGAGUUUCCUACUGCUAAGUCUUUUCCAAGUUCGUGGAACAAAAGCAGCGAUUGUUGUUUUUGGGAGGGAGUCGAGUGCCAUAAUAAAUCUGGUCAGGUUAUAUCACUCGACCUUUCUGAUAAAUCUCUUAACGGACCCAUAAAAACGAACAGUAGCCUUUUCAAACUCCAAUAUCUUCGUGAUUUAACCCUUAUUAAUUGCAGUCUCCAAGGAGAGAUUCCUUCUUCAAUAGGAACCUUUUCGGGUCUCGAGUAUCUUAAUCUCGCGUCCAAUCAUCUGGUAGGUGAAGUUCCGGUUUCCAUCGGACACCUAACCGAACUGGAAGGCCUGUCCCUUGGGGAAAACAGCUUACAUGGCAGUUUUUCUGUUUCAUUAGCCAAUUUAACAAAGCUUACCCGUAUUUCACUCAACUCUAAUAAUUUAACAUCCACCCUUCCCUCCAACAUGAGUGGACUGCACAACUUGGACUGGUUCGAUGUCAGUGAAAACUCAUUUUUCGGGCCUUUCCCUAAAUCCUUGUUCACCAUUUCCUCUUUAGUUUUAGUUCAUUUGGAAAAAAACCAAUUCACAGGACCUAUAGAUUUCGAGAAUACAUCUUCUUCCCCAUUGUUUAAGCUAGAGGAUCUUGUCCUUGCUAGUAACAAAUUCGAUGGCCCAAUCCCAGAAUCCAUAUCUAGAUUUCUCAACCUUCAAGACCUAGAUCUUUCACGAAACAAUUUCACUGGACCAAUCCCUAGAUCUAUAUCAAAGUUAGUAUACCUCCGUCAUCUUGAUUUUGCCAAGAACAAGUUGGAAGAAGCGAAUGGCGCCAAGAUAACGGCGCCGAGUCUUGGGACUUAA